GUUUGGGAGGAAGUUAGUCUUCAGAUGUUCUUUACUCCUAAUGGCCAUCACUGGGACCUGUGCAGCUUGGGCUCCCACCUUCCUCAUCUACUGCUCACUUCGCUUCCUCACAGGGAUUUGUGCUCCAGUAACAACCUCAAAUAGUCUUUAUCUCAUGAUAGAAUGGACAAGCCCUAAAUUCCAAGCCUUGGUGACAACACUGUGGGGAUGUAUUUAUGCUUCUGGAAACAUAGUAAUGGCAGGCCUGGCAUUUGCAUUUCGAAACUGGCAGCACCUUCAGCUGGUAAUGUCUGUGCCACUAUUUUUCUUCCUUAUACCUACAAGGUGGGUGUCAGAGUCAGCUCGGUGGCUUAUUGUGACUAACAAACCCCAAAAGGCCUUAAAGGAACUUCGAAAAGUUGCAUGCAAGAAUGGAAUGAAGAAUUCUGAAGAAAUCCUUACCAUGGAGGUGAGCAUAAUGCCAGCUGUUUAUGACACAAAAUACACAAUCUUUGACAAGUGUAUGAGUUAGUGCCCAAGAUAAUUGUUGUAAAGAGUUACUAAUAUUUACUAUGGGUUUAACUUCUGGUAACGCUGCUGUUAAUCCUCAGCAGCUGUAAAACCAAAUCACCACACAGAGACUGGGUUUUUAGUUAAUCUAGAACACAAUGCUGAGCAAUAUUUACUCCCUCCUAAACCUCCAAGCCCUCAGUUUCCUAACAUUUAGAUUUCCCACAUUAUAGUUGCUUUUUAGGAAAUCUUAGGUCUGGUUCAUGCUCCAAGUCCUCCAAGCUCUCUCCUCCCGCUCUGCUCUCCUCGUGCUCUCUCUUGGAGCUCCUCCUCCUUCUCGCCCCUUCCUGUUCUCUAGCUCCUCCCCUCUUUCCUGUUUUCUGGCUCCUCCCAUUGCACAACAUUGUAUCUAGUUGCUUUAUUUGUGUCCUGUUUACACAAGAGUGAGUAUCACAAUGCAAUAUCCAGAUUGAAACCAGAGAGUUGGGGGUGGGGAAAUCAGCAUUUGAAUUAACAAGGGUAAGGCAUAUACAUUUUAAAAGAACAUUAUACCAACAGAUAAUAUAUGAUCUCAUUAAGUCAUUGGAUACAGUUCUUUCAUUCAAAGAGAAUGGUGUAAAAAAACCCUUCUUAGAUGGUAUCAUUCAUAUUUAAACACUUUAUAAAGACAUGAUUUAUACACAAUGAAUUAAUUCUAAAAUUUAUACAUGCACAAAAUGUAUUGCUUUAUUAAAACCCCUUCAUUACCAUUCCUAUUGCUUCUUUUCAAAAUUUAUUUUUAUUAUUAAUUACAGUUUAUUCACUUAGUCUCCCAGCUGUAGCCUCUUCCCUCAUCCCCUCCCAAUCCCAGCAUCCCUUCCUUAUCAUCUCCCUUGCCCCUCCACAAGUCCACUGAUAGGGUAGGUCCUCCUCCCCUUUCCUCUGACCCUAGUCUCUCAGGUCCCAUCAGAACUAUUUGCACUCUUUUCUUCUGUGGCCUAGUUAGGCAGCUCCCCCUCAGGUGGGGAUGAUCAAAGAUCCAGCCACUGAGUUCAUGUCAGAGUCAGUCCCUGUUCCCAUUACUAGGAAACCCACUUGGAGACUGAGAUCCCGGGCUACAUCUGUGGAGGGGUUCUAGGUUAUCUCCAUGCAUGGACCUUGGUGGGAGUAUCAGUCUCAAAAAUGACUUGUUUGCCCAGAUUUUUUGGUUCUGGUGCUCACCUUGUGGAGCUCCUGUCCUCUCCACAUCAUUCUAUAUCCCCCUUCUUUUGUAAGAUUUCCUGCAUUAUGCCCAAAGUUUGGCUAUGAGUCUCAGCAUUUGAUACCCUGCUAGGUAGAGUCGUUUAGAGGGCCUCUGUGGUAGGCUUCUGUCCUGUUCCCUGUUUUCUCCCUCUUCCUAUGUCCGUCCUGUUUGCCUUUUUGUGAGAGUAUUGCUCAUCUUACCCAGGGUCCUCUUUUAGCUUCUUUAGGUGUACAGAUUUUAUAAUGUUUAUCCUAUAUUAUCCUAGAUUAUAUCCACUUAUAAGUGAGUAUAUAGCAUGUGUAUCUUUCUGCUGCUGGGAUACCUCACUCAGGAUGAUCUUUUCUAGUUCCCACCAUUUGUGUGCAAAUUUCAAGAUUGCCUUGUUUUAAUUGCUGAGUAGUAUUCCAUUGUGUAACUGUACCACAAAUUCUGUAUCCAUUCCUCCAUUGAUGGAUAUGUGGGUUGUUUCGAUGUGUGAUUUCAGCUUUAAUAAUGUUUCAUUUACAAAUGCAGUUGCUCUUGUAUUUGGGGCAUAUAUGUUCUGGACUGUGGUGUCCUCAUGGUAAAAUUUUCCUUUGAUGAGAAUGAAGCGUUCCUUUUCAUCUUUUUAAAUUAAUUUAGGGUGAAAGUCUAGUUUAUUAGAUAUUAGGAGAGCUACC